AUAAACAGCUGCUGGCAAAACAGUUGUGGAGUAUCAACAUCCUUAACUCACAGCGGGACAGCAAGAGGUAAAGUUAGGGAUUGCUAAGGGUGCGACAACAGACAGGCUCUGAACUUGACGUCCAGCCUCUGAUGGACUAAAAACAACUUUAAGUUUUGUGUCAUCUAUAUUGACAAGAUCAGUAUGUACAACAGCGUGUCCUGAGGAGAAGGCACUUCCACAAUGAGAGACCGACUGGAGGAGCUCCAGCGGAGGGCUCGGGGCUCUGCUGAGGCUCAAACCGACCACACCAAUGUUUUCCCAGAGGAGAGUGAUAAUGUUGACUGUUUGGCGGUUGAAAACGUAACACCACAAGCUGUAGUGUUUGAGGAGGAGCCGGUCAUUGAGAAUUUCCUAUCUGAUGCCCAAAAAAUCAGAGAUGAUAUCUCAGAACUGGAAACAGAGGUGCUCAAGUUCACUCAGCAGCAGAAGACCCUGGCUGCGAGCAUGCGUCGAUUCAGCGUGAUGAAGAAAGAGAGCAGCAUAACCCGAGACAUCAAGCUGCAGGCCGAGAGUCUCCACCGUCGUUUAGAUGCGCUUUCAAAACAGGUCCAAAAAACUGAGGAGCAGCAGGGGCCCGCUGCAGUUACAACACGGAUACAGCACUCACAGCACGCAGCGCUGCACCUCAAAUUCCAGCAGGUGAUGCGUCGGUAUAAUGAGGGUCUGCUGACCAAGCAGGAGCGCUGUAAGCAGUUCAUUAUUCGGCAGGUGGAGGUGUCGGGGCGGGAUGUUACAGAGGAGGAGGUGAAUGAGAUGUUUGAAACAGGAAAAUGGGAGGUCUUCAAUGAGAACCUGCUGAAUGAUGAAAGAAUAACCCGGUCACAACUAUCUGAGAUUGAACAGCGACACAAGGAGCUGAUUAAGUUGGAGAACAAUAUGAGGGAGCUGCGGGAUCUCUUCGUGGAUAUCUUCAUGCUGGUGGAGGAACAAGGGGCCUACAUCGAGCACAUCCAAAGUAAUGUUGAGAGGACUCAAGAUUACGUGGCUGUAACUAAUGAGAAGUUUAAGAUGGCCGCUCGGUAUAAGAAAAAGAACCCGAUUCGACAGCUGUGCUGCUGUUGCUGCCCUCCCUGGAGAUGCUGCCUAUGAAAAUACUACGCUUUUUUGCCUGAGCCUUUAUUCCAACUGAGAUCAUCACUUCCCUUUUUUUUUCCUUUUGUUUCCAAAGUUCUUGCUUACCUGUUGAAAGAAACCAGCGUCAAUAACACGAUAGUAACGCACAAGGUACUGUAAAUGCUGAACUGACACGGUGAAGAGGGCACAGAAAACAAUUAGGAGGGAGGCAAGAACUGAUAUGGGGAACAUUUGUUAUUUUCAAGAGGUUGUGAAGUGAGUGCUAUUGAAAAAGACAGCUCAGUGAGAGCUCCUCACCAACACUGUUGAUUACUGGAGACCUUUACUGUCAUCUGACAGAGGUCACAAACAAGGAUAGGCCACUGACACUGCUGCUUCAGCAAGACCGAAAUUCCUGCAUUUUCUGAAAACCCCUCUCAUCUUUUUUUUUCCCCGCGUUGUCUGCCACAGGAGCUGCAUUUAAUGAGGACAGACUUUUUUUGCACAGUGCACGCACUUUAACAUUAAUUUUAAAUUAAAACUGAAUAUAAUGGAUAGAGAUCUGUAUUCAGAGAGCUACAAAGCCAUUUUUUAAAGUCAAUUUCUGUUUUUUUUUUGUCUUUAUGCUAAUUAGACAAAGAGAUAGUUUUACAAGUAGUCAUUAGCCUCAUUUACAUUUCAAGGUCUGAUCGCUUUCAAUAUUUUUUUCUUUAAUCUAUUUAAUUUUACAGAGGCAAAGAUUUAAGUCAUGUUAAAAGAAUAAUGUGUUUUCAUCGAGACAUUUAUGAAAUGAAAAGAUCAUGGGGAAUGUUAAAGUUUUGAGUUAAAACAACAUGGUCCAACAUAUUUUGGAUCUCAGUAUCAACACAUUAAUUAUUUGGAAUUUUUCCAUCGUUUGAAUGAGACAUGUGUCAAUAUUAUUUAAGUCAUGGAGCAUGCAUAAAAUGAGGAAUGACCUCAGAGAAGUGCCGGCAUGAAGUAAUGGGAACGUUGUGUAUAAAGCAUAAAGACAGCCAGCAGACACAAGGCUGCUGACAGCACAAUCUGCCUCCAGUUUCUUGUAUUGACGUCGUAAACUCAACAUUUAUCUGGAAGCAUUGUUGAUAUAAACACUUUGCAAUAUGUUCGCUGUUGAUCAAAGAUAAAGUCCUGCAGUUCAUUAAGCUCAAAUCAACAGUGACAGCUAUGUUCUUCUUUGAGGGUCAGGGGAUACAGGUACAGUACAGGGUGUGCUUAAGCUAAACUGGAAAAUCAAGCUUGUCCGUUUUUCCAGGAUGUCAGCAGCACGACUCCAUGAAGUGUGUAAAUAGAACCGUUACCCUUUCUGGAGAUGAUAAAAGAAUCAACUAGUCCUGUUUGGAUGUUUUAUUGACCAAGGAGUAGCUCCUUGAAAGCAUAUUAAUGUUUUAAACAUAACAUAGAAAACUCUCUGACUUGCCAUUUGUGAAGGGCCAGAAAUUUCACAUUUAUGUGAGUUCAGUGACCUUUCUAAAACAGCACUUCCAUGCAGCACUUGUUUAUUAUAAUAAUCAUUUCACCUCUCCCACAGAUUCAGUAGAUAUAAAGAGUUUUGCAUGUUGAAAUGUGUUUGAUCACUUUUGCUGCUAUGCAACUUUGAAAAAGUAGUUUCAUGAAUCUCCUCGUUGUUGAACAUGAUUGGAUGUAUUAAUAGUAUGACAAACUGAAACGAAAACAUUGAGACAUUAUUCAUUAAGUAAUAAAUAAAUAUUUAUAUUUCUAAGUCCUAUGUCAGUGCAACUUGUGUCGUGGUUGAUACCUGCGGAAGAGAACUGAAGCCCUGCUGCAGUUUGCAGCGUUCCUAAACAGCAACAAUGCCAUCCAGUGUUCACUCAAGUAACUACUGGUUAAAAACGGAUCAUCCUUAAUGUUCUAAGGUAUGC